AUGAAAUAUGAAAUUUACUCUUGUAAUGUGGAGCUAAGGGUUCAUCAUAUAUGUUCUCCUGGAGCUCGUCUCACAAGUAAUAAUUACCUAUACUUAUCGAUCAAGCUAUUUGAUGCGCCAAAGAGAACUGAAUUGCUGUUGCCGUGUUUUCCACUACUGGUAGAUGAAAACCUUCAUUUUAAUAAAAUAUUUUAUCCUGAUAACACUAAUGUGUCCUUAUACGAUGUUCUGAAGGGUUGUAAGAUCAACAUAGAACUUCGAGAAGACCCUCAUAAUUCAACAUCAGUGAAGCUUUUGGGUUUUUACUCACACGAUGCAUGGAGAUUUUUGGUCAGAUCAGCAUGCAAACGACGAAGUAGUGUUACAAGGGAAAUAUUCCUUAGGAGAACAGUUGACUUCGCAGGGCCACCUAUUCGGAUGAAGAUAACAGCGAAAACAACCAUUGAAAAAGUUCCAAUAGAAUGUUUUGAUCAGUUGAAUGAGAAAUCAAUAAAUUAUGAUAUUAUACUUCCUGAUAGAGGCCAUCUAUCAAAUAAACAGUAUAUCUUUACCAAUACAUCUAAUGAAUACGCGUUAAUCAAUCAAAACUGUUCACGUGAUACACAGUCUUUCAUCUCUGCAACAAGAAUCUUAUGUGGUGAUAAUACUAAAGAAAGUAAAAAAUGGAAGACUGAAAAACAAAAAUUGAGAUCGAAUCCUGUAGAAAUUCUAUUCACAUCGUCAUCACCAACAGAAAAGUUACAAGCUGAUGAUGAUGAGCAAAUAAUCUACCCAGCUGACAGACUGAGAUUGCCCAAUCUACGUCUGAUAAUGACAAAUGAACAAAUGGAUAUGGCAGAAUGA